AUCAAUAAGCCUGCUUUUUUUAUUAUUUUUCUACGGGCUACAAUGGCAAUUAUUACUAAUAAUAUUGUUAGUGUACUUCAUGUUGUAGUCGUUUUUUGUGUUUUGCUUGACUUUUCCAUGUCCUCGGAGAUUCGCCUGAGAGUUGACCAGUCUGGAAAGGGAGAUCACCGGAAUAUACAAGAUGCCAUCGACUCCGUGCCGUCGAAUAACUCCCGGCAGGUGCUUAUUUCGGUUUGUCCCGGCGUUUACCGAGAAAAAGUUGUGGUUCCGGCGGAUAAGCCCUUCAUAACUUUGACCGGGAGAAAAGGUAGCGCCACCUUAAUUACGUGGGACGAUUAUGGGGAUAUAUUUACCUCUCCCACUUUCACUAUUUUUGCUUCUGAUUUCACGGCUCGAUAUCUCACUAUUCAGAAUACACAUGGUCCUGGAGCGAAAGCAGUGGCGAUGAGGGUUGCAGCGGACAGAGUUGCAAUGUUUGGGUGUAGAAUUUUAUCGUAUCAAGACACUUUGCUUGAUGACAGGGGGAGACACUAUUAUAAUAAUUGUUAUAUCCAAGGUGAUACUGACUUCAUUUGUGGAAAUGCCACUUCUCUAUUCGUGAAGUGUCACUUGCAUUCACUAUCAAACCGAAAUGGGGCUAUUACGGCCCAACGAAGGGGUUCAGCUUCCGAGAAAACCGGGUUUUCCUUUGUGGGAUGCAAGAUAACGGGCUCUAAAAGUGCCUUUCUUGGGAGACCGUGGGGUGCUUAUUCUAGAGUUGUAUUUGCCCUAACCCAUAUGUCCAAUGUUGUUGUACCUCAAGGAUGGGAUAAUUGGAAUGAUCCUUCCAGACAAAGGACAGUGUAUUAUGGGGAAUACAAGUGUUAUGGGGCUGGUGCAAAGAGAAGAAAGCGAGUGGAUUGGUCACGUAGCUUGUCUAAUGAAGAAGCGGCACCCUACUUAACGAUCGACAUGAUCGGUGGCAAAAGCUGGAUUAGAAUGCUGGCCACCACACGUUUCAAGUGCUCCACUAAUUAAGUACUUAAUCACAUAUAAAAGCACCAUGCUUAUGGUCCAUCAUAUCCGAAUGUUUUAAAUGAACAUUGGUUGGAGCUGGUGGUGCUGGGAGGUUGCUGAGGCGCCAUCAGAGGUCUGCAUUUUUUUUACAUUUUUAUUUUUCUUAUUUUAAUUUUUUAGUUUUUUAUUUAAUAAUAUUUUAUACUCCCUACGUCCCAUUUUACUUAGCAAAACUUGACUUUUCAAGUCGAUGACGUUUAACUUUGAACGAUUAUAUGUUUAUAUAGAGAAAAUAUUGAUAAUAUGAAAAUGAUAUGAAAAUGUUCUUUGUUUAAAAUAGUAUCAUAAAAAUAUAAACUAUUAAAUUUUGCAUAGAUAUAUUA